UCUUUUACAGUUCCGCUAAACUGACCUUUCGAGAUUUGAGAUAUGUAGAGUUAUUAUUAAUGCUCCUCUGAACGUCCCGUCGUGUGUUUUCUCAUUAUCUUGCGACCGUUAGUUUCUUUGUGCUCGUUCGUGUUAAGUUAUUCAAAUACGCAAAAGACGCGCACAACAAAAAUAAUUACUACAUGAAAUUUAAUGAUAAAGGACGACUGGGGAAAAUAACAACCGUCACAGCAAAAAAAUCUUCAAGAUGUAUAUACAUAUCAUUUUCGUGUUGCUCAUGGUUGGUGUUGUGAGAAGUUUACCAAGUCAAUGUUCUUGGUUGGCUGGCGAGAAAUGCGUGAAGUCAGCGCUAUCAAUGAGCAGGAGAUAUUUGUCCGCAUCGCUCGCUACAUGCAACGACGGAUCGUCUGCAGGAUACUAUAUCCGGAGAGAAAAAGAAAGUAAACUGUGGAUCGUAUACUUGGAAGGCGGUUGGUUUUGUUUCAACGAAAGAACGUGCAUGCAAAGAUUUAAUCACUCGAGUAUCUAUUCUAUGACGUCAUCUAAAUUAUGGCCCAAGCUCAGACAGGGUGAUGGUCUGUUAAAUGUUCACGCUAAACAUAAUCCACAAUUCCAUAAAGCAAACCACGUGUAUGUGCCGUAUUGUUCCAGUGAUUUUUGGAUUGGGAACACAACGCAGACGACUUCUAAAGGAGUAAAAAUAGGUUUUCAGGGCGCACAUAUAAUAAUGGAAGUCAUAAAAGAUUUGUUGAAGAAUGGAUUAAAAGAUUCAUCAAGAUUGUUUUUUGUUGGAAGUAGUGCCGGUGGUAUAGGAGUAUUACAAAACAUCGAUCGAAUUGCAAAUUUUCUGAAGAGAAAAAAACUUAAUAUUGAUGUUAGAGGAAUGAUUGAUUCAUCGUGGUUUGUGGAUAAUGGAAUAAGUACAAACUGUGCUUCUUCUAAUGUUUACGAAUGCCAUCCACAACUGAUGUUUAAACAAGCAGCAAGUUAUUGGAACGCUGUGGUUGAUCAUUCAUGUGGUAAGAAGCACGUUGAAAAACACAAAUGUUUGUUCGCCCUCAAUGCUAUCGAGCAUAUUAACACUCCAAUUUUCGUUUUUCAAUGGAUUCAUGAUACGGCUCAAAUAUUAGCAGAUAACAAAGAUUUAGAAUUGGAUCCAAAAAAAAUUUUCAGUUACAAAUACAAACAAUAUGUGAAGAAACUGGGAGAAACUUUGCGAACGUCGUUAAAAGACAUAAACAGUAAACAUGGAAUCUUCGCGGCUUCUUGUAUCUCUCACACGGCUCUAGCAACAAGCGAAUCAUUAAAUAAGAUCAAGAUCGAGGGGAAUACUUUGAACGACGCUUUGUAUUGUUGGCUAGCUAAUAAUAAACGAAAUCACCGAAGCAGUGCGCCAUGUAAACAGAGACUUAUAGACACUUGUAAACACCCCCAUUGUCAUGGUAACUGCCCUGUAGUAAGGAAUCCUAUGACGGGUGAAAAAAUCAUUAUGAAGACACCUUCCAGCGGUAAAAAACUUCCGUUUGAUAUGGCAAAAAUGGAUUUGGACUUAAUUAACCGGCUGCUUACAGAGUUUAAAGGUUAAACAAACGGCGAUGUGUUGAUAUCCAUACAAUGAUAAGCCAUGUAAGAAAUCCAACACGGUUCGUACUUUAUCCAACCUGUUAUGGUGAGGAGAUCGAGGCUGGUAAACUCCCCGCUUUAUCACGUUUGUGGUGUGAUUAGAAAGUUCCAGGAGUUUAUAAGAAACCUCAUUAACAUGUGAAAUAACUUGAGUAAAAAAAGAAAAGAAAAUUUCACCUUUAAUAUAUCAUUUACGCAAAUAUUUUAAUAUAUAUCAUUUAUAUAUUAUAUAUAUUAUAUAAAAUAAUAUUUAAUAUAAUUUAAUAAAACGAAAUAAUUAUUUUUUUAUUGUCAAAAUUAUUUCCAAAUAUUCAUAACAUCUUACGCCAUUUUAGAUUGGUUUAGAAUUGAGAAAUCUUCUUUGCUCGUCCGCGGGAGGACAUAACACUUUGUAACAGCAAACGAAAUGUUUGUGAUUCACCUAUUGAUUGUAACCUUUUGUGAUAAUGUCGAUCAUACGUCCUUGAUUUACGAAGUAGUUUUAUAAAGAUUUUUAUUUUAUCAACAUAUAAUUCUGAUAAUUCUGGUA